AUGAGCUUUGGCUUUAGCAUCGGCGAUAUCAUCGCGGUGUCGCACCUGGCCAACAAGGUCCGCAAGCGCUUGGUGGACUCGUCUGAUCAAUUCAAGGCUGUCUCUGAUAACCUCUCCAAUAUCCAUCGUGACCUUGAAGAAGUCCUACCGGAGCGAGAACUCACGCCUCAGCAACACCAGGAUCGCCAAGAUCACAUCCGAGGAUGCGAGAACGUGCUCAAAGACUUGGACAAGAUCAUGGACAAGUAUCAAACUCUGGAUGCCAAUCUCGCAGGCUUCGGCAACAAAUAUCGAAAACUUUGGAAGAGCUCAUGUUUGAGCCUGAAGGCUUGA